UAAGGAGUGUAUUUUAUCUUGCGCAACAUUAGGAUUUGAUGGACGACAUUCCGUUGAGUACGUGACCGUAGUAUUUCUAUAUUGUGAAGUAAACCACGUUUAGGUAACAAGCAGUUAAAUCGGUUGUUUUAGAUUUUGGAGAUUCAGGAUGGUUUUUCUAUAUUUGUUUGUUUUAGGCAUGUUGUUUGGACUUACUGAAGCGCAAGCGUCUGAUGAAUGCGACAAAUCUCACAACUGUCUGACAUGCGCAGGAGUGCCUUACAACUGUGCGUCAUGUCCGAAGGGAUAUUAUUUGGCAAGAGGAGGGGCUUAUUAUACAUGUAGGUCAUGUCCAAUUGCGUGCUCAGAAUGUGAACAUUAUAUGAUUUGUACUAAAUGUUACCUAGAGGGGCGUUAUGGGCAAAACUGCCAAGAUGUGUGUAGUAAAGGAUGCCUGGACUCAACAUGUGAGCAUUCGUCCGGAACAUGCUUGUGUAGAGACAAUUAUGAAGGUGGUCAUUGUGAUUAUUGCGCCAAAGGAAAAUAUGAUAUUGACUCGGAUUGCGUGAAGGACUGUCCACAAAAUUGUAAGACGUGUACUUCUUACGACAAAUGUACAGAAUGUAAAGACGGUUUCUUUGGCGACGCGUGUGAAUUCAAUUGUUCAAGAGGUUGCUAUUUAGGGAGAUGUAGCCAAAUGAAUGGCACUUGUUAUCAGGAGAAAUGCAACCCGAAUUUUGAUGGUAUCAAUUGUACAACUUGCUUCCCCGGGUUUUAUGGAACAUAUUGUCAAUUACCCUGCCCUGAGAGCUGUGUCGCAUGCUCCGGGAAUACAAGUUGUGAUCAUUGUCAGCAUGGUCAUUGGGGAUCUGCCUGCCAACACAAAUGUUCCAUUGGAUGCUACAAAAGCAUGUGCUUGAAAAAGACAGGAGUAUGCAUGUAUAGCAAAUGUAGAACUGGUUUUAUUGGAGAAAAGUGUGAUAUUUGCGAUUUAGGGAAGCACGGAACUUACUGCAAUAUGACUGAAACAUUGAAUGGAAAUGGCUCAUCAGCAAUGAAACUUACAGGACAUUCUUCAAAAUAUACAGUUGUAAUUAUGGGCAUUACAUUGUUCAGCUUUACAUUUGGACUGAUUGAAGCAUCAUGUCCGAAGAGAUACUAUUUGGCAAGAGGAGGGGCUUAUUAUACUUGUAGAGCUUGUCCAAUUGCGUGCUCAGAAUGCAAACAUUAUAUGUUUUGUACUAAGUGUUACCUCGAGGGGCGUUAUGGGCAAAGCUGUCAAGAUGUGUGUAGUAAAGGAUGUCUCAACUCAACAUGUGAGCAUUCGUCCGGAACAUGCUUGUGUAGAGACAAUUACGAAGGUGGUCAUUGUGAUUAUUGCGCCAAAGGAAAAUAUGAUAUUGACUCGGAUUGCGUGAAGGAUUGUCCGCAAAAUUGUAAGACGUGUACUUCGUACGACAAAUGUACAGAAUGCAAAGACGGUUUCUUUGGCGACGUGUGUGAAUUCAAUUGUUCAAGAGGUUGCUAUUUAGGGAGAUGUAGCCAAAUGGAUGGGACUUGUUAUCAGAAGAAAUGCAACCCGAAUUUUGAUGGUAUCAAUUGUACAACUUGCUCCCCCGGGCUUCAUGGAUCAUAUUGUCAAUUACCCUGCCCAAACAACUGUGUCGCAUGCUCCGGAAAUACAAGUUGUGAUUAUUGUCAGCAUGGUUACUGGGGAACUGAUUGCCAACUCAAUUGUUCCAUUGGAUGCUACAAAAGCAGUUGCUUGAAAAAGACAGGUGUUUGCAUGUAUAGCAAAUGUAAAACAGGUUUUAUUGGAGAAAAGUGUGAUAUUUGCGUUUUAGGGAAGCACGGAAAUUACUGCAAUAUGACUGAAACAUUGAAUGGAAAUGGUUCAUCUGCAAUGAAGCUUACAGGACAUUCUUCAAAAUAUACAGUUGUAAUUAUGGUCAUUACAUUGUUCAGGUUAAUUGUGUAAAUCAUCUCAAAACAGUGAUGAUGUCAGAUGAUGGAGCUCAAGAAAAAGUAAAGCACAUUCCAGUUCCAUGUUUUGCAUUGGUUUUCAAUAAAUAUAUGUAUUGGC